GAUUGGGGUUGCUUGCAUCGUCAUUGAGCAAAGAGUCUAGCAGAAGGGGCGAGCCUGCAACGAGAGAAAGAAACGAGAAAAGAGCGAAAGAAGGAAGGAGUAGGCUGCAUGAUCGCAUCUUGCUAGGCGAGAACGGGGAGGAGGGUAAGAAGGGAGGUGGUGUAGGGGAGGAGUGAGAACAAAUGUAAUCGAAUUCGCUUGCAGGUUUUAUAGUAUCGUCGAUAGCCCCUGAGUCGAACAGCGACAAUGGGAGCUGUGCCACAGGCUUGUGGCGGAUCCUGCCAUGCUUGCACUUGACAACAAGUGUGUGAUGUGUCACAUCAUGUGCAUGUUCCCAUACGCGUACCCGGAUCACGCCGACAUUAUUGCUUGACCGUAAACAUCUCACUCGCUGCUUGAUCUAUCUAUCGACCUUGUGUCACAGACCUUAACAUGCCUCCCAGAAUAUCUCAACCAUCUGGAUCCCAAACGAAGGCCACGAACAAGGCAACCAAGAGCUCAUUGAAGGCCAGUACAAUCAAGCUCAGUUCCACUCCGUCGGGGAGCAGUGUCCGCCUCGACCCGUUCAAAACAUUCUCGCACCCUCAGUCGGCCUCUCAAAAUGUCUCUCGAACGGACCGGACAGGAAAGAGUAAGGGGAAAGAGAAAGCGGAAGCAGUCGACGUGUCGCAGCCCGAUACCGAUCAACUGUGGGUGGACAUCUACGAACCGCAGAGUGAGGCCGAGCUCGCCGUACAUCCCAAAAAAGUCGAAGAAGUACGUCGGUGGCUGGAUGAGGCCUUUGCUGGUGGACUAUCAGGGAAGCUGAGCAAGUAUCGGCGGGUUCUGGCUUUGACUGGGCCUGCGGGGACUGCUAAGACCUCCACGAUACGAGUGCUAGCGAGGCAGUUUGAUUGUGAGAUAUUGGAAUGGCGGAAUGCGAUGAGUCCUCUGGUCACUGGAGAAGAUCCUUCUUACUCGAAUGCUGAUCACGAAAGCACUUUCUCUAAGUUCGAGAGUUUUCUUCUUCGUGCCUCGUCAUGUCAAAGCAUCUUCGACCACUCGUCCAAUAUUCCCAAACGCAAAAGACAAAUAAUACUUCUCGAAGAUCUGCCUAAUAUUCUUCACGCCGAAAUUCAGGCUAAAUUUCACUCUGUUCUGCACUCUGUAGUAUCAGCGGCGGUUGCGAAUCCCGCACCCAUCGUCCUCGUCGUGAGCGACGUGGGGCCUAGAGGAGAGGCUUCCGAUGAGCGGUUGGCUGCGGGUCUGUGGUCGAGAAAUCAGGAGGGGGUUAUGAACAUCCGGACCAUUCUUCCGAGGGAGCUUCUGAAUGGGCCAUACGUGACUCAAAUCAACUUCAACCCCAUAGCUAUGACGUUGAUGAAGAGAGCGCUUCAAACACUGGUCCAAACGCAUUUCUCUAUGCGGCAUUCUGGAACACCCCCAAGCAAGGAAAUGAUCGACCUGGUUGUGGAGACUUCGAGUGGUGACAUCCGCAGUGCGAUUAUGGCUUUGCAGUUCUCUUGCGUUAUUGCGAUGCCGCGGAAGAAUGGGGCCAGGACGAGCACUAAGCAACUUCUACAGGCAAUCACCAGAAGAGAACAAGGCCUAGAACUCUUCCAUUUCAUCGGCAGGGUGAUGUACAAUAAACGUAAAGGAGACCCGCCGAAUCCGAGUGCAACGGCCAAGGACAUCAAGCGAGACAGAGAACUGGACGCUGUACUUCGAGACCCUCCCAAAAUACAUCCGUGGCAAGGUGAACAUGAGCGGAGGACAAGUCGUGUCAAUGUUGAUGCAAGUUCUGUCCCCGAUGUACGGCAUUCGUCAUUUGAUAUGUUUCAGGAUCUGUAUGCGGACUCUCCGAUCGACUCCUCCCUGUUUUCUCUAUAUAUCCAUCAGAACUACGGCCAGUUCUGCAAUGAAGUAGAGCAGUGUUUCGGUAUAGCCGACACGCUCUCUUGGGUCGAUUCAAGUGGUGGUGAAGCCUGGUAUCAAGCAAAUCCCCAUCAGUUCCACCUUCUUUCUCUGGGAACAUUGCACUCGCUGCCGACACCUGUCUCGCGGCGAGGCCAGAAGUUAUUCAAGCCCGAGUUUUUCGACUUUCUGUCAAAAGAGAAGGCAGCUUGGGAUAGUGUUCGAGACGUCCGCAGCUGGAUUGGGCAGGACGCACCACACAAGGAAGGAGGGGAACCCGCCAGUUGGAGCCGGACCGAGGUCGCUGUUCAACUCGGUACAGUGCUGAAAAAUCGGGACAAAUUCAAUUCGAAUAUGAAAGGCCCUGCGUCUCAUCGUCUGUUCUCUACGUUCUCUUUCGGAGACGACAAAUUGAGAGCAAAACCUCUUGGAGAGGGCGAUGAAUUAGAUAGUGAAGAUGCGCUACUUCUAGAGGACGAAGCUGGUACACGGGGUGGAUGGGAUGCAGAAGAGGACGUGUUCGAUGGGGGUUGGCUCAAGGACGAUGAAAUCCAAGACUUUUACCAUCAAAGCGUCUCUGCCUGGCUCACUUCACGAAGUUCAGACGCAUAUAACUCGACGAGGAUUCCACCGCCGAAGCACGUCAGCAUGAGCUCAAGUAACGUCCCGAUAAUCUCACCCGACAUCUGGGCGUCUCUCAUCGUCAUCGAGGGAGACGAAGACCAGACCCCAGCUGCACCACCCACAACUACGGUCGUCCCGCGCACAUAUCCCACUCCCACAGCAUCAACGUUCCAGCCCUACACGCCGCAAUUCUCGAGCUUCCAACAAUCUUCGUUCCAAUAUCAUCCGUCGACGUCUACAAACACACAGUCUUCCAUAGCUCGUCAGGCCAUCACGAACAAUGCCGCCCAACAACAAGGCAAUACCGGAGCUCUCGACACUUCAGACGUAGCAACCUUGAAUGAUGCUCUGGGAAGUGCGGGCGUGGACCUUCGGGCGGAAGAAGAAAGUCUAAUGCGUUCGCACGAACAAGUUCCAUCGUUCCGCCCAUUCGAAGACCGAUCUCGAAAGCAGCCCUCCAAACCGAAUUUCGAUACUGUGAAUUUGUCUGCUACGAUGCGGACGAUAGCUACGCAGCACAAAGUCACCGCUGCUAUUCCCGCAGAUACGGUCAACUACCUUGCUCUAGCCCUCCGUGCACGGCUGCAAGAUCUCGUGACGGCCAUGAUCCACGCGGCACACCACAGACUGGAGACCCAGUUUGAUCGCCCCUCUUCAGUUUUUGAGGAUGGGAGAGCUGCCUGGGGUAUACUGGUGCGCUCGGAUAUCGAGAAACAACUGGCUGCGUUGGAAAAAGUUGAGCGGGAGGAAGAGAUGCUGGCCAGAGAAGAACGUGCUACAAGAGGGUCCGGAAACGACAUGGUUGUUGACGGCGUCGAGUCGACCGAGUCCAGGAGUGGUGAGACGGCGAAGGAGAAACCAACCCGGCCAAGGGAUUUAGACACGACCAACGCUGCCGCUAACCGGGCGGCUGGCUUGAUUGGCAAAUAUGCGUGGCUCACAGCCGCUCACCGUCCGAAGACCGGCGCGGGUGGAGUCAUGGUCCCAGGUCCUGAGCCGCCCUUCGAAGAAGGCAUGGUCUAUUCAGCUAUGCGGCCCGAUCGACCAGCUCCAACGGAUGAGGGUAUUCGCGUCAAUUUUCGCGAUGCUAUGUUUGUAUUAGAGAAGGAACGAGGUCAUGGCGGAGGAAGAGGAGCUGCUCGAGGGUGGACAUGACAUGUAUCAUCGAGCCAAUGUACUUGCUUAUUGGUGUAUACAUAAGUACCCACGUAGUGGCAGUGCUGAUAUUGUGCCUUCCAUCCUCGUUCUCAGAGCAAUCUAAGUAUAACGGCUGUAAUGACACUGCCUUCGCUGGAAACGUUUGCCAAGGGCACCUUCGCUACUGCGGCCACGCUGUUCACGAUCGGCGCUGGGCUCUUGUACUAUGGUCAAAACUAUCUCAUCUACCCGUCUGCGUUUCCACCGGGCUCACGCACAGAGGUCGCGCUUCCGUCAUCCUUCGGGCUGUCAUUCGAAGAUCUGGAGCUCACAACGCCCGAUGGAGUGACACUGAGGUGCUUCUUGAUGCUGCAGAGCAGAGGGUUGGGAGAGAAACACGCUGCAGGGCAGCCGGUGGAAGGGGAGGUUGGGAUGUCAGAGGAUGAGUUCAUCUCCAGCAGGCCGACGGUGGUCAUGUUUCACGGGAAUGCAGGGAACAUCGGACACCGCAUCCCUCUCGCGCGAGUGUUCGUGCUGCGAAUGAGAUGUAAUGUGCUCAUGGUCUCGUACCGAGGGUACGGACUGUCAGAAGGAUCUCCGUCUGAGAAAGGACUGCGGUCGGAUUCUCAGACUGUGCUGGAUUAUCUUCUCUCUGAUCCGUGUCUGUCGAAAACACCAAUCGUACUCUAUGGCCAGUCAAUAGGUGGUGCCGUAUCUAUUGACCUCGCCAGCCGAAAUCCAGACAAGAUCGGGGUCUUGAUCCUCGAAAACACAUUCACCUCUCUCCCCAACCUUGUGCCUCAAGUUCUACCACUUCUGGGGCCGUUGACGAUUCUCUGCCACCAGAAAUGGGAGUCAAUAGACAAGCUGUCUCGGAUUCCAGUGACAACGCCGGUGUUGAUGCUCAGUGGGCUGGCGGACGAGCUGAUUCCCAAAGAGCACAUGCGUGCCCUAUGGGAGAGGCUUUCCAGCAGAGGCGAAUCCAACGCGAAGCGAGACGGGCCCGAGAGAACUAAAUAUGUCGAGUUCGAAAAAGGCAUGCACAACGAUACAUGUGUGCAGCCGGGCUAUUGGACAGCAGUGGCCGAUUUCAUUGCGGCACUUGGAGAUCAGCCCGAAUUCGAGGCAAAGUUGUAAACACUCCGGGGAGGAUAAGCUGUCGUUCGAUUACAAUAUAGUACAUUCCAAAGGUGAGCAACCUUCGGCGCUUCUGACGCAAUUCGGAAAUUCUCUUCUCUCCUAUGAAAAUGCAACUAAACCUCAUCCUCAUUGCUGCUUGGUCAGGGCUUUGAGAUCCUCUUGCGUCAUGUGAUGUCCCCACCGCACAGAGCGAUUCACACCAUUGUUCCAUGCGGUUACCCGAAUCAUUGCAAGCAUGGAUACUGUUGAGGUAUAUGUUCCAACAAAUCCAGCAGCUCCAGAGCCCAAGACGGCGUCAAUAAAGACAGGGUACCUGGAAUUGCCUUGUGAGCAGCUUACCCAGGAGAAGCCAACGCACCAGGGUCCAUGCUGAGUCAGUAUCGCACUAUGAUCCAAAGUCUUCCAUCCUCGUUCGUAAACUGUCUCCCACCAGCUAGGGUCCUCUUCGUCAGAUGUAACGAACACAUGGUCAACUUUGAUUCCUUUCAUCGCCAGCAGCUCUUCCUUGACUGCUUCGACUUGGAUCUCGUACAACAACAACGGGGCGAGGCAAAUACUCGGGUCCAAAUCGAGGCAUUGCUCUCUGAAGUCUCCCCGUCUGAUAUGGACGACGACAUACUGAAGUCGGAACGAGUCAAGUCGGUGGCCGUAGUUGAAGGCACCUGCUCACCGGAGGAACCGUGCGUCAGCUUCAACUCCCAGCGCUUGUCUGAUGAAAUCGUUGGCGAUCGUCUGGAUCCGUUCAUGCCAGCGCAUAUGCUGUCCGACGAAGCGCCAAACGGUCAAGAUGUACUUAGAAACUCACCUCGUGCGCACAAACGAACAAAAGAUUGUCGAAACAUAACAGCUGCUGAUCUGCGGGCAAAGACUUCUGCCCGACGAGGGAUACUUCGGGUAUCAGUCCGUUCGGUUGCGUGUCAGAGAAACCGAGGGUGGCUAGUGACCAAAACUUGGUCUGGGGAUCGCUUGGAUUGUCAGGAUAAGCUUUAGUCCAUUUGGGCGGGGUGGUGUACGAGAUGUCUGCGCAAUGACCCUGUCGUUGAACAAUACGGAACGAUAAGGAGCAAGCUGCACGGGUGCGAACACACCAAGGUUCAGAUUAGCAGGAGGAACGCUGAGUACCAUCACUUCGCUCGACAGUUUUUCAAGGUUCCAGCAUCCUAGGGGCUCCAUAGUCUCGCUGUACGGAUCCUAUGUCUAUCGUCGGUCUCGCGACGGACGCGGAUGCAAUUGAUGAACGCACUUUGACCUCGUGCCACUCCAGAAUCUUUGUCUUCAUCAUCUUCUCCAAGUGGGGCAAAUCAAAGACUUCACUGAACUCGACAUAUUCUUCGCUUUUUACAUGCGAGCUGGUGAAGGGCGAAAAGGC